CCACACGAGUUUGACGAAUGCCGGCUGGACAUCAGCGUGAACGACAGCGUGUGGUACCUGCGAGCACAAGACCCCGAGCGCCGAAACAAGUGGAUCGAGUUCAUCGAGCUACACAGGAGUAUCAGAGAAGGGAGGAGGCAGAAGGGAGGAAUCCAGGGAACAAUAAUCAUCCCUUCACCACUGGCAGAUUCUGGGUAUGGCUCAGAGUCCAGUUUGCGAAGACACGGCUCCAUGCUUUCGCUCACGUCAGCCACUAGUGGCUAUUCUGCCACCUCCACAUCCUCCUUCAAGAAGGGUCACAGUCUACGAGAGAAGCUGGCCGAGAUGGAGACGUUCAGAGACAUCUUGUGCAGGCAGGUGGACACGCUGCAGAAGUACUUUGAUAGCUGUGCCGAUGUGUCCAAGGACGAGCUGCAGAGAGACAAAAUUGUGGAGGACGAUGAAGACGAUUUCCCAAACACCCGCACCGACGGAGAGUUUCUGCACAACAGCAACGGUAGCAAAGAAAAAUUGUUUCAGUCCUUGAAUCCAAAGGGAAUCAAUGGAAUAGACUUUAAGGGCGAGGCCAUCACGUUCAAGGCCACCACGGCUGGAAUCUUAGCCACUCUGUCCCACUGUAUCGACCUGAUGGUAAAGAGAGAGGACAGCUGGCAGAAGAGACUGGACAAGGAAAUGGAAAAGAGAAGAAGAAUAGAGGAAAGCUAUAUAUCAGCCCUUAAUGAGCUGAAGAAGAAGUCUCACUUUGGAGGUCCAGAUUAUGAGGAAGGACCAAACAGUUUAAUUAAUGAGGAUGAAUUUUUUGAUGCGGUGGAAGCUGCUCUCGACAGGCAGGACAAAAUUGAAGAACAGUCUCAGGCAGAGAAGACGAGGAUAGAGCGAUCCAGCCCACCUCCUCCUGAAGACAUCUACUCCACCUCCGGCUCGCACCGGUUCUCCGAUAAGGUGGAAGAGAUGGUGCAGAAUCACAUGACCUACUCGCUGCAGGAUGUCGGUGGAGACGCCAACUGGCAACUGGUUGUAGAAGAGGGAGAGAUGAAGGUUUACAGGAGAGAAGUGGAGGAAAAUGGGAUUGUGUUGGACCCUUUGAAGGCCACCCACUCUGUGAAGGGAGUCACAGGUCAUGAAGUCUGCCACUACUUUUGGGACACCAUGUACCGCAACGACUGGGAAACUACUAUUGAAAACUUCAAUGUGGUGGAGAGACUUUCAGACAACGCAGCAAUAAUCUACCAAACACACAAGCGUGUGUGGCCUGCAUCCCAGAGGGACGUGCUGUACCUUUCUGCCAUGAGGAAGAUUUUGGCCAACAACGAGAAUGACCCCGACACCUGGCUGGUGUGCAACUUCUCUGUGGAUCACGACGAGGCUCAGACGAGCAGCAGAUGUGUGCGUGCCAAAAUCAACAUCGCUAUGAUCUGUCAGACCCUGGUCAGUCCACCAGAGGGAGACAAAGAGAUCAGCAGGGACAACAUCCUGUGUAAAAUCACCUAUGUUGCCAAUGUGAAUCCGGGGGGCUGGGCUCCAGCCUCCGUACUCAGGGCCGUAGCUAAGAGGGAGUACCCCAAGUUCCUCAAGCGCUUCACUUCCUAUGUGCAAGAAAAAACCAGCGGCAAGCCCAUCUUAUUCUGAGACAUGCAGGAUCAAAAAAUGAGGUCAGAUCUACGGCAGAAGGACUGGAGGGACUCUAUUUCCAAACUCCAUCCCUCCAAGAAAAGACGUUAUUUUUCUUUUCUUUUUGUCCUGGUUUGUAGCUAAAACGUAGGGUGGGUGCAUGAUAGAUCAUAAGGCUCAAGAGAAGAGCACCACUAGUCUGGAAAAAAAAAAGAAUGUUUAUAAAUUGACUGGACAAGACGUGAUUACCAUUUUUUAAUAACAACACUGAGAAGACUCUCCACCCAUCAGAGUGAAGGGGAAACACUCUGCAGCUGCUUCCCCUGAUGUACCUAAAUGUUUGGAAACUCUGGAAAGAAGUUUAUAA